CAGAAUAUAAAGGAUCAUUUGACUUCUAGCCAAUAUAUGUGCAAUUUGUUGUUAUUAUCCCCAGUAAUUGGCCAUACCCAGACUGUUUCCCAUGCAGUGCUACAAACAUAAUGUCAUCCCUUAGUUCUUCCUCAACUUUCAGAUCUGAGCAUUACAGCAACUAUAGUCGACGAUCCUCAGGUGAUCCCUGCUUUGACCAAUACAUAGAUGCAGCACGGAAUUUAUUUGAAGAUGAAGUGGAAAAAUCGUCCUUCAGGAAUGGGCACUUUGUGAGACCAAGAAAUGAAUCCUUUGGAUACACAGGUCCAGUAUCUGGCCGUCCAGGAAGCCUUGGAAAUGUUAGAACCAUUGGGGAUACUUAUCAAGUCACAGCCGAUGUCAGUCAGUUUAACCCAGAAGAAGUUAUUGUUACAAUAUACAAUUCCAACAUAGUCAUCAAAGCAGAAAAGGUUGCUGAAGAUGGAACAAUCAUAAAUACCUUCACUCAUAAGUGUCAGCUUCCUGAAGAUAUGGACGCUAUGUCUGUGUGCUGUUCACUGACAGAUGUCGGCAUUCUGAUCAUCAAUGUUAGGAGGAGCCCACUGAAACAAGCAGAAUCACCACAGUCAGUUUAUAGGAGUGAAGUUAAGCUGUAGGUGUCUGGAGCAGCCUAUUUGCCUAUGCUGUCUCAGCAACAUUAGUUAAAACAAUGAUGCAUGUUUCUAGCAGGUUUUAUUUCAAAAGUAUUUGGAAUGCUCCUAGGUUUGCACACAAUCCAACACACAGAGGCAUGUAUAUUUGUGUGGAAGAAAAUAUUAGAUUCUAAAAGCUAA